AUGGCUACUUAUUGUGCAUCAAAAAAUACAGUUGACCUUGCCAUUGACCCACUCAUCCUCUGCAAGCUGUGCCUGUCAGAGUGCCCGCUGGAAGACAUGUAUGAGCUGGAAGACUGCAAGUGCCUCUUCUGUGAAAUGUGCAUGCGCCAGUACCUGUUUGUCUUGAUUUCAGAGGGGAUGGUUGCUGACCUCACCUGCCCUGAUGCUCAAUGUAGAAAACAAGGAAGACUCACACAUAAGGAAAUUGAGAAGCUUGUUGACCGACAGACAUUUUUGAGGUACAAAAGAUUACAGUUUGAAAGAGAAGUUGAUUUGGAUCCGAAUCGGACAUUUUGUCCAGAGAUUGGCUGUGAGACUGUUUGUCAUGUCUGCUCCUCCCAGUCACACUCAGACGAUGGAGCUUCAUCUACUUCUGUGUCUGUAAAAUGUCCAACAUGUGGACUCCAGUUUUGUUCUGUAUGCAAGUCAAAGUGGCAUGCUCCAAUGUCCUGUAAUGACGUGUUUGCCGCUGCACCAGCAGAGGAGGCAGGAAUCCCAUACAAUAAUAUAGAGGAUGCAAAGAUCAAGAGGUGUCCUGUGUGUCUUGUACCAAUUGAACGCAAUGAUGGAUGUGCACAGAUGAUGUGUAAAAGAUGCAAACAUAUCUUCUGCUGGUACUGCUUACAGUCCCUUGAUGAUGACUUUCUCCUUAGGCACUAUGACAAAGGUCCCUGCAAGAAUAAACUAGGUCACUCAAGGGCUUCGGUUAUUUGGCACAGAACUCAGGUUGUUGGCAUUUUUGCUGGCUUUGGAGUGCUUCUGCUUGUUGCCUCCCCUUUCUUGUUGCUGGCAGCACCGUGCAUCCUCUGCUGCAAGUGUAAGUUCAGUAGAUGCUGUGACGAUGAAGAAGGGGAUGUGUUCACUACAUGA